UGGCAGUGUCCGUGGUCAGUGUUUCCUGCGUAAACUCGGGAUGGUUCGAGCUCGCGCGCACCCGGGUUUAACCUCAGCGCCUCCUCCAUCAGCAGCGGCCCACCCGGGGACCCAUGGGACCCUAACCCCCCUCACGUGAGAGCUCGACCUGUCGCUAAAAACACAGCACGACAUGAUCAGCAGCAGCAGUGUCUAUGGCUUAAAGAUGCAGUGGACCCCCGAGCACACCCAGUGGGCCGAGCAGCAUUUUGACAUCUCCUCCACCACGCGCUCCCCCGCCCAUAAAGCUGAGGCGUACCGGGCAGUGCCCGCCCACCUGCAGCGCUCCGCCACCUACCAGUACGCCUGGGCCAACGACGACAUCUCCGCCCUCACUGCCUCCAACCUCCUCAAGAAAUAUGCGGAAAAGUACUCGGGGAUUCUGGAGAUGCCCUCCUCGUACUCGGAAGGCCCCGGAGUGAUGAAUGGACGAAAAGGCGAAUCAGAGCCCUGGCAGGACGGAGUGUACCCCAUGAGCUGCGUCCCCGAAGGGGUGUCCGUGAGGAAGGGGGGGGUGGCGGCCGCCUCAGAGGUGGUGUCCGGCCUGUGCAGCUCCCCGGGGCUGGCGUCCAGCACCCUGAGCGAGCCCAGCUACUCCAGCAGCAGCUGCGGGAGUCACACGGCCACAGCUCUGCACUCGUCCUCCAUGUCCUCUCAGGAAUAUGGCCCCGCCUACAGCGGCUCCUACCUGCACAGUACUUACACUUCCCAGUCCGCCGCCACCAUUCCCUCCCCCCUGCACAGCUCUGGGCUUCUGCAGCCACCUCCGCCUCCACCUUCACACCCCACUCUAGUCCCCGCUUACAACGGCGGCUCUCCCAACCUGUCCAGCUAUAAUUACCCCCCGGCAGGCUAUCCCGCACAGGGCUCUGUGGGUCCAGGCUAUAGCCCUGGGGGGGCGCCUCCGCCCUCCUCGUACCUCCCCUCAGGCAUCGCUGCACCGACUCCCCUCCCUCCAUCCUCUGCCUUACCUGGAUACCCAUACCAGAGUCACAACCUCACCCCCAUCGCCCCCACCCCUCUCACCAGCAGCUCGUCUAACUCGCUGAAAAGGAAAGCCUUCUACAUGAGCAGCCAGAGUGACGUGGACUCUUCUUAUGGAAACUUUGGCUACGGACAGAGCCGGAGCUCGGCCGAGAGCCCCAUGUACAGGGUCUCUGCAGACAGCAGCAGCUCCACCGGAGGCUCCAGUGGGGCCAGCUCUGGAGGAUUUGAUAGAAGCUCCGACAAGUCGUCUUUACCUUUUAAUCCGCCCAAACAGUCCUCCAUGGGCUCUGAGCAGCAGCAGAGGAAGUACAGCAGCCAGCCUACAGGGGGCCCUCUCACUCCCCCCACAUACGUGUCCUCCAGCCUCGGCGGCUCACGCUCGGCGGACUCUUUAGCGAGCUUCACCUCCCCCUCCCUCAGCGAGCAGGGUGAAGACCAUCGACUACAUUUGUCCCAUUCGGCUCCCGGGCCUAACUCUUCCUCCUCGUCAUCGUCGUCACGUCCUGCCGAAGAGCAGCUCAAAAGCAGCGAUCCUCACCUUCUCGACAUGGUGACCUCUGAAAUCGUGCAGCAGGGCCCCCCUGUGGACUGGAGUGACAUUGCUGGUCUUGAGAUAGCCAAGGUUACUCUGAAAGAGGAGGUGCUUUGGCCCAUCCUGCGUCCGGACAUGUUCAGUAGUUUAGGACCCGCUCCGCGCUGUGUGCUGCUGUUUGGCCCCAGAGGCAGUGGCAGGACGUUGUUGGGCCGCUGCCUGGCCAGCCAGCUGGGGGCGCCAUUCCUCCAGCUCAGCGGCUCCACACUGGCCACAAAAUGGCUGGCAGAUGGAGAAAAGAUCAUUCGAGCAUCUUUUUUGGUGGCGCGCUGUCGGCAGCCGUCAGUACUGUUCAUUAGCGAGGUGGACAUGCUGCUGUCGGCCCACCUCAGCGAAGAGAGUCCCAUCAACCGGCUAAAGGGCGAGCUCCUGGCCCAGCUGGACUCGCUCCUAAUGGGCUCUGGGGAGGACGGAGGCAGCCAGGUGCUGGUGGUGUGCUCCACCAGCAGACCCCAGGACAUGGAGGAAGGGCUGCGGAGGUACUUUUCCAGAAGGGUGCUCGUGCCCCUCCCAGACACUGCGGCUCGACAUCACAUGGUCAACCAGCUGCUGGCCCAGUCUCAGCACAAGUACUGCUUAAGUGAAGAGGAGGUGGCUCUGCUGGUGCAGCACACAGAGGGCUUCUCUGGACUGGACCUGGCCCGUCUCUGUCAGGAGGCCUUAGUGGGGCUGUUACAUGCGUCUGCACAGAGCAUGGACAUGUCCACCAUGAUGCCCCGGGGACAGAUCAGGCCUCUAACAUACCAGGACUUUGAGAGUGUCUUUUGUAAAUUCCAGGCCAGUAUAUCGCAGAAAGAGAUUGACACGUACACUGAGUGGAACAAAAUGUUCGGCUGCAGUCAGUGAAAUAGACAGAUUACGCCCUUGAGAAAAAAGAGGCUUCCACAUUUCCUCCCCUCAGGGCAGAAGCAUUGUGCUGGAGGGAAGCACGCAGAAGGCCAACACAAGCCCAUGAGUUCUCACCGGCAGGCUUUAGAUGCAGUUUGAUGAUAACACUGAAGUGUAUUGGUAAAUUAAAGAGUUUUGUCUGAAUGCUAGACUCUCUGAUGGCCAGGUCAUGUUUACAAAGUGCAAGAGAAGUUGUGGUGAGCAAAGCCGUUGCGGUGUCUGUGUAAAUACGGUUCUGUUCUUGUUCUUAUGGUUUCGUUGGCUCUCCAAGUGCCUGAAGUGGUGCUUUAUAAUUCUGUUGUUCAUUUGCCUCACAAUCUACAUUCAUGGCAUGAGCUGAAAACGACUACGAGCUUUAAAACACGCGGUGAGUUUGCAGAGUGCAGCGAGUUCUCACUAGUUCUCUUUUGUCUCAGAGCAGAAAUCCAGAGGUGACAGGAGCGGCCCUGACUCACCCGGCUCUGAUCCGCUUUCUGCAGCUCAAACUGACAGAACAGGCCAAACUCAGGAAAUCGUUUGGGAUUUGUACAGUACCUCAAGAAAUGUUGUUGAAAAGCACUAGAGCCUGAGUCGGGAAUCUGAGGCGGAUUGUGUUACUGUAGGUGAACCACAAAAGACCAGGAUCAAAGGCAAAGACGAGACUAUGAAUGUACUCUUAUGUUGUAAAAUUAUUAAUAAUCAUUAGUGGGACAUCACAUUAGAUUGACAGGUUCCGGCAGUUUUUUUAGGAGUAUAAAGAGCGAUCUGCGUUUUGAGCGGGCUGUUUUCACCUGUCAGUUAAAAUCACAGCGUUUCGCAUCUCGACAGUAUUAUUUUGGCUUCGGGUUUGAGUGGCCUUGUCUCACGCUCGCUGCAUUCUCCGUCAGACUGGGACGAGUUCAUCGGGAGUUUUUUUUCCGAUGUCACCGAGUUAUUUCGUGCACGUUUCACCGUCUCUGUACAGACCAAAACGCGCGGCGGCAUCUGCGAAAGCGACGGUCGAGGCUCAGUUUAAAGUGUGCAAUCGUUUAUGUUCAUAUCUUAAACAUGAUCAGUGUUAAGCUAAUCCCAAAAAAAAAAAACUCCAUUUGAAACGUGCGUCUUUCUGUAACGGCACACGCAGGUUGUGCUUUUUGAACAGGGUUUACUGAACAGCUUUGAGGCUUUGUCUGUUGGAUCUGAAGGUUCUUUCAUUGUGUUACAUUGGAAUGUGCUUUAGUUUCUGACACUUACCUCCUCACUGUGUCGAGGAGGAGUCUCUUUUUUGUUGUGGCAUGAAAUUACUCGAUAUCUGGUUUCGUAAGAAGUUUGAAUGAGUGUGGUUUUCUUGCUCUUUUAAAAGGUCUCUAUGCCAUUGUGAGCGUCGGGAUUGUUCAGCUGUGUUCUGCGGAAGGACUCGGCGCGUUUGCCACGGCUUAAACGUAACCGUACGCCUCGUUUAAAUGUGCGAAGGCGUCUGCGGCUGUGCUCCUGUGGUAUCUAUAGGCACCUGAUGUGGGGAAGCACAUUGCUGAGCGUCAGCAGAAUUGACAGAGGGGAGACGGGCAGGAGUGCGGCGGCAGAGGGGGAGCCGAGCGGUCCGUCAGAAAAGCACCCUCAAAACAAUCUGUACCAGAAUUCCUUCUGUCAGCAAAUCCUCUAGAGAGAGACUCCCUUUAGACAGAAACCACUAACGCACUUCAGAGCACACACAACAGCACAGCACAGCUAACAGAAACUCAGACGCAACGCUGAGUGCUCAACGCUAUGCUUGUUCGGUCCCUUCAUACAUGUGGCUUUUAGCUUUUUUUAACUUUUAUGUAAACGUCCACUUAGAAUUUUUGGACACUAAAGCAUCUCUACCUCAUGGCUACAAAAAAACACGUGGUAUUUGAGUUACGUCUUUCCAAACUAUUUGUGCAGAAACUAAACAGAAAGAAAAAAACAACAAAAAAAAAAACAAAAAGCGGAGUGAACAUCCUGAAGUUUGCGCAGUCUACCUCACACGACUGUGACACUGGGGGCUGCAGCAAAGCAAAGCCCGUGCGUGUCUAACUGUAUCGGACACACACACACACACAAACGCAAACACACACACGUAUCCUAACGCCGAGAGCAUCCGAACCAGGCAGACGAGGAAACGCG